AUGUCAAUCAGGGAGUAUGAGGUGGAGUUCAAUCGACUUCGCAUGUUUGCAGGAGAUGGCAUUACUGAGGAAGACCUGAUUAGGAAGUUUUUGGGUGGGAUGCGAGUCGAGAUCCGCAACAGAUGUCGUGUCGUCACUUACCAAAGGUUGGGAGAUUUGGUGGAGAAAGUUGCUGAGCAGGAAGCAGGUUUGGCAGAGGAACAAAAAAUCCUCAAAUCAGCUCAGCCUAAGCCUGGGAAGAAUGCACAGUCUCAGAAGAAGGCAGGGGACCAGCCAGAGAGACCCAAGUGUACUCGAUGUCUUCGCUAUCAUUUUGGAGAGUGUUUGAAGUGUAAUAAGUGCGGGCGAUUCGGUCACCUCAAGAGAUUCUGUAGGAGUCAGAUAGUUGCCGCGACUCCACUAGCUCAGGUAGCACCGAGAGCUACAGUAGUUGCAUCGGGAGCCUGCUUCACUUGUGGCCAGCAUGGCCAUUUCUCCAGGAACUGCCCGACUAAUGGGCCUGCAGCUAAGCGUCAAGCCGUUGCUCCACAUGUGUAUGCCCUAGGAGAGGCCAAUGGAGUUGAGCCGACAGCCGGAUCGGUUUCUGUGGGAGGUGAGGUAGCUCACACUCUUUUUGAUACGGGAGCUUCUCACAGCUUCGUGAGUUCGCGACUAGUCAAGUCUUGGCCUUUUAAGGGUGUCUUUGAGCCAAAUACCAAGCAGAUUCAGACAGCCGGAACAGAGAGAAUUGCAGCCACUGGCGUGCAUCGAGAUGUACCUGUCUUACUUGGAGGGUUCGUUUUCACCGGGGACCUAGCAGAGAUGGAGCUAGAUUACUAUGAUGUUAUACUUGGGAUGGAUUGCCUGUCGCGGCAUCGAGAGGUGUUAGAUUGCCCGAAUGCAAGAGUUCAUAUCCCUAGAGAAGAGGGGAAGAUCACAUUCCAGUGCGUUCAAGCUCACCGGGGAAUUUUAAUUGUCUCCAUGAUGCAUGCUGAGGAUUUAUUGGAGAGAGGAGCAGAGGGAUUUCUGGUGACUAUUUCGAUGGUUAAGAAUAACGGACAUCACGAGUUACAGGACAUCCUGGUGGUUGAGGAGUUCGAGGAUUUAUUUGAGGCCUUAAAGGGGCCACCACCAGUGAGAGGAGAUGCUCUCACUAUUGAGUUGGAACCAGGGACAUCACCGGUUUCAUAG